CGCUCCGUCCGGGCGGGGCGGGGCUGCUGUCGGAUCGGCUGUAAAUGCUGCUGGAUGACGGCUCGCUAACUGGCCAGUUGAGGAUGCUGGGCGACCUGCCGCCGCUCACCAACGGUCUCCACGAGCCGGAGCCAGCCGCCACCAGUGAGGAGAGGACCGCAGUCGGAGAGACCAACGCCACCCUGCCGCCAGUGACGCGGGUGCUGCCGCCUCUGCGGGGCGCGCCGCGGAUCGCCUCCUCUCUCAGCCAGCCGGAGGGUGACCCCACAGAGACCACCGAGGGGGGACUCAGGAGGCCGCCGGAGGCCGGGGAGCUUCAGUCCGUCAACUCCGCCGCCGACCUCCGCAACCAGGCGGAUGCCGGACAAAAAUCAGCGGAAGACAAUGUUGUAGCCUCAGAAGAUGGUGGAGUCUGCAGUCCUCUGACGCGGCUGCUGAGUCGGUUCCGGAAGGACAAGUCCGUCUCACACGAGCCGGUCACCCCUGAACCGACUGUCGAGCCCAAGGAAGAGCCGGAUGACGAGAGCCGACCCGAGGGAGAGGCACUCAGAGCGGGUCUGCCGGCCGAGGACGACCCUCCGGCAGCGCGUGUCGACACGCCGGCGGUCACCGCCGAGACGGCGGACAUCGAGCCCGACCCACAGGAGACAGAUACGCCACAGUCGAAAACCUGCUCAAUCCUAUGAAGAGGAUGAGAAGAGUUUCCAAGUGUCGACUGUUGACCAUCGACAUCUCCAACGA